UUCGCGGCUGACAGACGCCGACAUUCAGGAAACCUCAACAGGGCAAGAAGCGAUAAAGAUGCCAACCAGCGCUCCCAAUAAGAGGAUCAUCCCUGCAGCCGGCAGGCCUGGCACAAAAUCUAAAUAUGUGGCUCCUCCAACAGAUAAUAUCCCAGACUACGAGCCCAACCUCCCCGAGCCCACAUGCAGGGCUGACCUUCUAAAACACUGGAUCAACCUUUCCCUGGAUGACAAGACAGCCAAUAAGAUGCUGUGGAUCACAGAGGGCGGAUCCAAGGUCUCACGCAUGACUGAUGACGUCACUUGUCCCGUCCUGGACAGACCAGAGAGAUAUGAGCAUGCCCCCCAGGUUCUUUGCAAAGAGGGCAUCCUGGGCUACCGAGCUUACUGGGAGGUGAAGUAUUCAGGAUGGGUGGUCGUUGGAGUUGCCUAUGAAGGGGCAGGGAGGAGGGGGAGUGACGGAUCCUGCGGGCUGGGAGAGAAUGAACAGUCCUGGGGUCUCGGGUGGGGUGGAUCUCACUACCAGGUGUGGUUCAAUGGCAUAAGCACAGAAAUCUGGGACAUUCCCCAGUGCGCCACCAUCGGGGUGUACCUUGACCAUCCAGCUGGUGUCGUCAACUUUUAUGCAGUUGAAGAAGUGAAGGAGGGGGAUGGGAGCGAGGCCAGAAAGGAGAUCAGACUGCUGCAGCAGAUUAAGAGCUCCUUUAAGGGGAGGAUGUUGGCAGGCUUCUGGGUUGGACAAAAGUCAUCAUGUCUCUUAGUUAAACAAGAGGAGUAAAGCAGAGGGUGUGUUUUCCACUUCCGUUUUCCUACAUUUCCAUUUGAACUUCAUUUGCAAAGCUAAUCUAAAGCUGGGAUAAUGGUAGAUAGUAGCACAUGUCUAUUCAAAACCAAAAUCUUUGUAUAUAGAAAAACAUGUUUAUCAAGAAGCUGCUAUUUGUUUAAGCAAUUGU